UUCGUAGGUUCAUAUAUAAAUGUUCUGACGCGUUGAAACAGUCAGUAUACUGAAAUAUGGGAACAUAGCUGAAUCAACGAUUUACCAGCGUGAAAGACACCUCGUGAAUUACCGAACAAUAACAUGAGCGGACGUGGACGAGGCCGCGGAAGGGGUAGACGGGGCGGGGGACAUAGAGGUAGGUCCCGAGGUGGGCGGGGCGCCAUGCGGGGUGGCAUGGGGAGACAGCACGUGGAGGAAGUGACAGAUCAAAACAAGGUGGAGGAACAUACGGAUCUGGAUAUAGAGAAGGAACCGAAAGACUAUUUUGUGGGGACAGUGAGUAUGGCAGAUCACGUGAAAGGACAGGAGCAAAACAGAACACGUUAUGCAGCUGCAAUGGCGGUGUUGGCUAACAGCGGAGUGGCGGUAUCUCAGAACGCGAGGGUGCGGGCGUUGGCUGCGGCGUGGGCAAGAAGCGACUACGACCUCUCAGACGGCUUUCUCCAGAACAGGGAACAGUUCGGUCUGGUGGAGGUACUAAAGGCCUUGACAUUGCUGGACUCGGGGAGACAGAUUCGCGUCCUUGAGAAAAGAAUGACAAGGUUACUGCUGUCAGGGACAAAGGUCAGCAAAAAGAAGAUGGGGAAGAUUAAGGCUGACCUAGGAAACCUCAAGGCUAUCAAACCCCCAACAGGCUCCGCCAGUGGCGCCACCUGCAAGCACAUCACGAGGUGGGUGAGGAACUUCACCACCCAGGAGCUGGAGUUCUACGCACUGUACUUCCCCAAACAAGGCUGGAAGAAGCUUGCAGACAUAUGCCAUUUUAAUCCCAAAGAGGAUUUUCCCGCGUUGCCAUGGUUUCUGCCUUUCUGCUAUGGUGGGCCUGCUCCAGACAACACGAUGGUGGAGAGGUGCCAGAACCUGACGCCAAGCAACGUCGACGACCUUGUGAAGGAGUACGACAUCCCGUACAGUGUGAUGAAAGCGCACGUCGAAAGCCUUACGCCUGACUCUAUGACGAGAGUGGCGGCAUACGAGAAGCUGGACACCAUUCUCUGGUACUACGAGGACCUGCAAUGCCUGGAAGUGGACGCCGUGGUGAAGAAGAGGCUUGAGGAGGGCCAUAAGGUGUCGCUGCCCAAUGGAAAGCUUCUGGAAAGACUACUGACUCUGAAGAUGAUCAGAGAGAACAUACCCUUUGACCCCAGCUACAGCGGGUGGGACGUGCCUCGCAUUGAAAACCCCACUAAAGCCUGCUUCCACCCGGCGCUGGUGGCCCUGGCAGAGGACAGGCUUAACAGCAUCAAAUUGAAUCUGGAGUCCCCAGUAGUUGUGAUGGGGGACGCCUCGGGCUCCAUGGACGUCGCAGUGCGGACCAGCACCAUCAUCGCCAGUCUCCUCACCGCGGCGACGUCUGCCAAGCUCGUCUUCUUCAACGAAUGGACCAGGGAUGCUCCCUACCUGCCAAAGACCGUAGAGCAGUGCCUGGAGUUGGCGGUGACCAUACGAGCGGAGGGGGGCACGGCGCCUGCUGCCAGUCUCUACCCGUACUAUAAGGAGAAGGAGGUGGUGAAGACGUUCAUCGUCGUCACUGAUGAGGAAGAGAUGGACGAGUACGAGGGAUACAGGUUCUGUCCGCUGUUCAAGAAGUACCACACCGAGGUGUACCCGGCCAAGUUGGUGUUCGUGUCCUUCCUCCAGGGGCAGCACAGAGAAGGACGCAUGGUGAAGGAACUGAAGGAAGAAGGCUUCAAGCCACUUCAGUACCGCCUGGAGACCAACAGGCCUGACCUCACCAAGCUGGACAAUCUGUUCGGGAUGCUUGCAUCCAACUCGACUGAGUUCUUCGAGGAUGAGAUUAAGGAGAUGGAAUUUCGUAUUCAGAAAGACGGACUGAAGUCUGUGUUUAAAUCCACUACAGCUGUUUGAGUGUCAGAGCAAUCUUUUCUGAAAGGUCAAAAAGUGGUUUACAGAUAGCCAUUGAGGCUCAUUCGAUCUAAAAUGAGGCUUUGUUUUUUGCUAUGGUAUCAGCAUGGGGUUUCUGCCAGUGAGUUUUUGUUUUGAGACUACGUUAAAUGCCAAAAUGGGAAUUCCAUUGUGACGCAUGUACCUCACAUGUUACGUAAGGGCUUCCAGCUUUUGGAUAUGACUCCAUGUUUCGCUCUGAUCCCACUGAUUUGAGAACAAAUGUGUCAGUGUGCCGGUCAUCUGAUUUUGCAGAAGUGGUACCUCACCAUCGUUAUACUUUAGCUAUGACUGCAAAGCUUUAUAUUGUGCAGUGACUGACACUGAACAGUUUGUGAAAAGACACGUGGACUGUAGACCUCAGACAAUAGACGUGUGGUUUAUGAGGAAGGUUUGGGUCUGGUGUCCACCGUCCGGUAGUGGUACACGUAUCAUGUACAGGACUGGACGCGUAGCUGACCGAUCAAACGUUGCUACCGUACUGGAGAAGAUCCAUCGUUCUUUGAGGGAGGGGUUCACACAUUAUCAUUUUAAUUGUUGGUGAGUGUGCGUCUGUGUGCGUCUGUGUGGUGUGCGUUUGAUCCGUGGGAGAAAUAUGUGUUACAUGUGUGCGAGUGUGUGGGCGAGAGAAACGUUUCGUACGUGUAUACACGUGUACAUGGGUUCAUGUUUUCUGGUGCUCGACAGACAGGUCGGAAGGGCCAGUGUUUGGGGGCAGAUCGUGUAGUAACACACGUUUACAGUUAACAUCACAUAACACUGUUUCAGUUACAUGUUUAUAAGUUUCAGUUUAUAGAAUUAACGACGACAACCAUGUCAUCAGUGUUUCCUAGUUAGACAAGUCGGCACCCUGUUUACAGCACAGCAGAUUCAUGUAUGGUCAAGCAGAGUUUGGGUAAAUGAUACACGUCAAAAGUGCACUGCAAGCCACACCACUUGAUUUUCUUCAUGAAGGAACAUGGUGUAACCACAGAAAUCGGCUUAAACAAAAAUAAGUUUACAUCAUUGCCCUUAUCCAUGAAAUAGAAAAUGGCUGGCCAAUGAGCCACCUGAAACAUAAGCUGAGUAGAACCAAUCCCUUGUCGACUAUCAGUAGGAUAUGUGGGGCUGAUGGACCUGAUACUGCUCGCCAGGAACAAGUUGGACUUCAAUAUAUAUUAGAAUCAGAUAAAUAAGAAACGACUGUAUAUAUUUGACCAGUGCAACCUCUCAUCAAAGCACAACCUGUGAUCUGUACAUAUAAGCUGUCUUCCAGUCCGGCUACAGUGUACUCCAGUUCGACAUGUAGGCAUGGAGCUGUAGUUUAUGUGCUGGCAUGUAUCUCCAAGGCUAGGGUUUUACCCCGCUGUCUGCAAUAUUCCUGCAAUGUUAGGGUUGUCAUGGUUCCCACAUGUAACAC